GUGACAUCCAAAACAAGGAAAUCCUCAUGCGGGUAAUGGCGAUUCUUCCAGCAAACUCGCUUUACUUCUAAUAACAUCAACCAGCUUGUUAAUAGAGCGGUGGACGCAGCACAGCAGCAUGUCUUCGAGAGUGUUGCUCCGGCAGCAGCUGAUGCGAGAGCAGGCGCAGGAGCAGGAGAGGAGGGAGGCGCAGCAGCAGGCAUCAGUCGCUCAGCUCCGCCCUGCAGACACCACUCCUGCCAUCUCCGUCUCGCUGCCACCCAUGGCUGCCCGGCCUCCUCCAGCACAAGUCCCGGUGGAGGUUCUGAAGGUGCAAACCCAUCUGGAAAACCCAACUAAAUACCACAUCCAGCAGGCGCAGAGGCAGCAAGUGAAGGAGUACUUGUCCACCACACUCGGCAAUAAAGUUGCCACGCAAACUCUCGGUGUGUCUCCUGUCCCGCAUUCAGCCUCGGCUCCAGAAAUGGGCCCAUCAGCAAGCAGCGCUCCCAACAGCCCCAUGGCACAUCUUAAUCUAGGCUCCAACAAAGAAGAGAUGGAUGAUGUCAUUGACGACAUCAUCAGCCUUGAGUCCAGCUUCAACGAUGACAUCUUGUCACUGAUCGAUUCUGGCCUGCAGCUCCCGAACACGCUUCCAGGAAAUCUUCUGGAUGUCUACAACAGUCCUGGUAUGACGACUCCAACCAUCACCGUCAGCAACUCCUGUCCAGCAGAUCUGCCCAACAUCAAAAGGGAAUAUACUGGUAAUGGUAUUGUGAUCGAAACAGAGGCCAGAGCUUUCAUGAAGGAGAGACAGAAGAAAGAUAAUCACAAUCUCAUUGAACGGCGGAGAAGAUUCAACAUAAAUGACAGAAUAAAGGAGUUAGGGGCUCUAAUACCCAAAUCCACUGAUCCGGAAAUGCGCUGGAACAAGGGAACCAUUUUGAAGGCUUCAGUUGAUUACAUAAGAAAACUCCAGAAAGAGCAGCAGAGGGCCAAAGAGAUCGAGAUGAGACAGAAGAAACUGGAGCAAUCUAACCAGGCCCUUAUUCUCCGCAUACAGGAACUAGAAAUACAAGCACGCCACCAUGGCCUUAAUGCUACCGUGUCUCCAGGCCUGAACACAGAGGCAUCCUUCAUCCAAAACCAGCUACUGCAGCCAAAUGCGUCUAUGCAGGCCGGCGUCGGAGAUGGUCAGCCUCAGAGCCACCUCAACAUGGAUGGAGCAAUGGCACAGACUUCACCAUCUCCUUUCCUCUCAGUACCUCCAUCCGGCUCUCCGGCUGCUGUGGCUGUGAGCGGCCCGCUACAUCUGGAGACUUUUAGCUUCACAGAGCUGGACGAACAUGCCUCUGAUUUGUACCCUGACGUUGGUCUUAGUGACAUUCUGAUGGAUGACGUCAGGGGUUCGGAUGUGCUCUUCUCCCCGAUGUCGCCCGGAGCCUCCAAAACCAGCAGCCAAGGGAGCAGCGUAAAUAUGGAGGAUGACUUGUGACCCAACUGACCGCUAGAUGUAUGUUUCAGUGCUUUUUCCUAAUGUGGGACGCUGUGAGGUUUUUUUUAAGGGAAAGUUCACCUAAAAUUAAUAUUUUAAGUCCAAAGUACACUUUGUUGCCUUCUUUCUACUAGGAUUGUCAAUCAAGUUCAAUAGCAAUCAGUACUGAAAUUUUCAAAACCUCCAUUACUGCUAAUAUUUGAGCGUGUUCUUUAACACCCCUGAUUGGCUAUUGUGUUCACAUGCUCAAAAGAAAUGACUGUGAUUGGCCAUGAAGGUCAUUGGUUCGCCACUCUUCACCAUUGUUCGCCAGGUGGACACUUGGCAGAUACAUAAACAAUGGAACAUUUCAAAGUCUGUCGAUCAGUUGGUCUUUCUAUGAGCUGACAUACGAGCGAUCCGCUGAUGGAUCGACUGAUCUACGUAGCUUUGAAAUGCUCCAGUGUCGAUGUAUCAGUGUUUACACUUGGUGAACAGUGGUGAAUAGAUGACUGUUAUGGCUGAUCACAAUCAACAGUGGCUCAAAUGUUAGCAGGAAAGGGACGUUUUUGACAUUUCAGUAUCGGAUCGGUAGCGAAUUUGAUACUUUUGACAAGGCUAGUUUCUACAAAACGGUACAGUUCAGUGCAGUGCAGUGCAACACAGAACAGUUCGGUAUGGUUCACCUUGAUCAGGCUUGUGUUUCCACUGCCAACAGUGCUUCGUAGGCAUGGUUUUGAUUGAUGUCAUUCUAGCUCAAAGAAGAAAGCUAUAUGGCUUUUUCACAUAUUGCAACAUAUUUCAAAGGUAGACACAUGGCAAACGUGCACAAAUAUAGAGAGGAUGAAACAUGAGUUGCGAUUUCCACACAUUUUAAAUGUGACACAAGCGGCUUCUUAAACAAGAAUAGAGCACAUACAGCAGAACCUGUUCUUUCUUUUUGACAUCUGGCUGUUUGUCACAAGAAAACAACAAGCUAUGUUUGAGUAUGGUUCAUUGCUGCGCACAGUCAUUAGCCCCUUUCACACACUGAUACCGGUAAAUAUCUGGAAAAUUCCACAACGACUUUAACGCGCUGUUUACCCAGACAAGAAUGUUCCAGCAUUUUUCUGGAAAAGACGAUUUACACAUCCAUUCCUAAAUACUGGUAAAUUUUGCCAUCAUUAACCAGAAAUGACCUCUAAACAACUGCGCUUGUAUUUGUAAACAACUUUAACGAAACCAUAUGGAGGAACACUUUCACAUCUCGAGAUGUACAAAAUAUGUGUGUGUGCUGGCCCUCACCAGCUGCUUCACAUGCACACACGUCAAUCAACUCAAGCAGAGCUUGAAGGUAAACUAACAGCGGUUCAUCAGAAGCAUUUUAUAGAUAAUUUUUUACACAGUUGGGAUUUAGAAAGGAACAUAGAAAUGUUAUCUGACUAACAUCUAGCAGCUAAAUAUGCCUGAAAAAAUAUUCAAAGGCUUGUAUCUUCAUAAACAGCAUGGUGGUGAAUGUGUCUGAAUGUUCUGAUUGGAUGGAGUAGAUGUCUCACAUCAGCAUGUUCUAAUCGUGAACGCGCUCUUACUGGCAAUUUUCUUUCUGUGUUCACACAGAACAGCAUUCCAGCAAAUUACCAGUAACGUUACAACUUCUCUUUAUGGAAAAUUUUGAAUGAAUUUACCAGUAUUUUAAAAAGGCCUGUUCACACAUUACACCUAUUUGGAAAAUUGCCGGUUAUUUUCCAGAAAGGUCUGUAUGUGUGAAAGGGGCUAUUGUAUUAUUACGUUGCCAUGAUUUAGCUGUGUUUUUAAAAAUAACUUUUCUUGUAUUGCUGUGUCUUGUUGCAUAAACUGGUAAUGAUUCUCUGUAAACCAAUAGCGCUCAGCAGCGAGUCUAGCUCCACCCUUUUGUUACUGUAUUGUUAUGCAAGGUACCAUUGCAAAAGAGUUCCAAAAAGUGGUAGAGUUCACUACUUUUAACAUUGGACACAGAAAUAACUGUGUACUGUAUUGUUCUGUACGGAAUCAUACUGCUUAGUGGAAACAAGCCAUUAGCGCAGUCCAGUGCACACUUUUUAUAGUAUACAUAGUGAACAUAGGUGCUUAACACAUGCACACUACAAAAACAUUACCUGUCCAGCGCUUUUUCUCUCUAAAAAUAUCCUGAACUCUAACUUAAACCAAUAAUAAAAAAUGUAUUUGUUUAAGUUAGAGUUGCAGAUAUGUUUAAUCACACAUGCACUCCUCAACAUAAGUGUCCGUUGUUUUUGCAGUCUUCAGUAGUUUGUUGCUGAUCUGUCUGUUUCUUUUCCAAAAGGGAAACAGUGGACUGGUUCAGUGUUGACUUUUUUUGGUCAAAUUUGCAUGUGUAAACUGUGCGCGUAGUACUCAUGGUUACAAAAAACAUACGUACUGUGCUAAUGACAGAGAUUGUGUCAUUGAACAUUUUAUAUGAGGUGAAGUAUACUUUGGACUUCGUUAUUCCAAAUCUUUUUGACUUAAUUUUGUGCAACAUAAAAGAAGGUAUAAUGAGAAGUAGAGCUGCAUAGUUAAUUGCUAAAAAUCACAAUCUCAUGGUUUUAUUAAAACUUUGACAAGUAAUAUGCAAGGGAACAUUAAUACAUAUGUUCAAUCAGCCACUGGCCCGAAGAAAACAGUUGUUUUUUAUAGUUAUGAAACUGCUUUCAGUCGUCAUUCUAUCCAAUUCAAAGUAUAGUUAUUUCUGUUUCAAACAUUCAAACGAUUACAAGUAAACUAGGAUAACAUUUAAAAACAAAUAUAUAGAUACAUACACACAUACAUAUAUAUAUAUAUAUACAUGCAUA